CUUUAACCAAAAAAUGUCUUCCGUCAGUUUUCCAAGAAGUGUUAGGAUUUCAUCCCUAGUAUUACUUGUAGCCACUAUGGUUGUACGGGCAUGUUCGUUUACACGAGUAACGAUGCUAAGCGCCUUAAACAUCACUAAGCCUGGCUGCCAACGCAAAUGUGGCAACCUAACCAUUCCCUACCCUUUUGGGGUAGGUAGGGGUUGCUCAAGAAGCAUGUGGUAUGACAUCUCUUGCAAUGCUUCCACUAAUGGUGAUCCACCAAGAGCAAUAACAACUUGGGUAAAGGACGAGAAUGAAAAUGGCAUGGAAAUUCUUGACAUAUCUGAAACACAUAUUCGUCUUAGGAACCAAGUAGCCUAUAGCUGCUUCAACUCAACUGCAGAGACAUCUACAUUCGGUUCAGGAUUCAAGUCCUUUGACCUCUUCAAUUCGAGUGUACCCUUCACCUUGUCAAGUGAGUCAAACAUGCUCUUCAUUGUAGGGUGUCACGACCUUGGCUAUUUUGAUGGCAACUUCGACUUCAGAGGUAGCGUUUUCAUUAAUUCAGCCGAUCAAACUGGCUCUUGUAGAACUGACUGCAGCUUCGAGGCCAAGAAUGUUGUUGCAGGUGAAUGCGAUGGCAUUGGUUGUUGUCAAGCCAUUAUUAACAAAGGAAUGAAGUCCUAUACGGUGUCUCUAGAUCCGUCCGCAAACCACACUUCCUUUUUCUCUUACAACCCUUGUGGGUACGCAUUUUUGGCUGACAAAGAACAGUUCAAAUUUCGCGGGGCUCUUGAUCUACAUGACCCCAAUUUUAUUAACAGGAUAAUCGAUGAGGUCCCUAUGGUUCUAGAUUGGGUUAUAGACAAUCAUACUUGUUCUCUAGCUCAGCAAGAUCCGGCCUCUUAUGCAUGUGAUCAGCAGAAUACGAUUUGUGUAGAUGCUGCUGAGAGUGGUAUCGGAGGAUAUCGUUGCAGUUGUCGUCCUGGUUAUCAGGGCAAUCCUUAUCUUACUCCUGGUUGCUCAGAUAUAAAUGAGUGUGAGAAUCUAAGUGAUAGUCCAUGCUCCGUGACUUGCAAAAAUACCCCGGGAAACUACAAUUGUUCUUGUCCACCUGGAUAUUCCGGUGAUGGUGAAAAACUUGGCACUGGUUGCAAGCCACCGUUUCCAUUUCUAAAGUUUGGCUUAGGUAUAGGCUUUGGCACAUUGUUUUUGCUCAUUGGUGUAAGUUGGCUAUGCAUGAAAAUUAAGAAAAGAAGGAACGUAAAAAUGAAGGAAAUUUUCUUUCAGAAAAAUGGAGGUUUGAUGUUGAAGCAACUAAUCUCUUCAAAUAAACAAGAUGGUAUUGAACAAAUUAAGGUAUUUACUAUGCGAGAGUUGAAGGUCGCAACAAAGAACUUCAGUGAAGAAACGAUUGUGGGUCAAGGUGGUUAUGGUACAGUCUACACAGGUGUGUUACCAAAUAAUGAAAUAGUAGCGAUGAAGAGAUCAAAGUUUAUGGAUCAAAGUCAAAUCGAGCAAUUUAUAAAUGAAUUGGUCAUUCUUGCGCGAAUACGACAUCCUAAUGUGGUAAGACUUUUGGGAUGUUGUCUGGAGGAUGAAGUGCCUUUGUUGGUCUAUGAAUUUAUCUCCAAUGGUACAUUGUAUAACCAUAUUCAUAAUACAAAGGAACUAUCAUGGUAUUGUUGGAACAAUUGUUUGCGGAUCUCCAUUGAGUCGGCUAACGCAAUCGCAUACUUACAUUCGAUACCAAUAUUUCAUCGAGACAUCAAGUCUAUGAACAUUUUACUUGAUGAAAGUUAUACAACUAAAGUAUCUGAUUUCGGAGCUUCAAGAUUGAUUCCAUUAAAUCACACUCAUUUAUCUACUGUUGUACAAGGCACAUUAGGAUAUCUAGAUCCAGAGUACUUUUUCUCAAGUCAAUUAACAGAGAAGAGUGAUGUUUUUAGUUAUGGUGUUGUUCUCGCUGAACUCUUAACGAGGGCUAAACCGAUCUUACCAGAGAGACAAACAGAAGAAAAGAAUCGCAAUCUGGCAGCAUAUUUUGUGAAGUGUGUAGAAGAAAAUAAUCUAUUCGAUAUUCUGGACCCUCAAUUAGUGGAAGAAGCAUCUCAAGAGCAACUUACUAACAUUGCAAAGCUUGUACAAAAAUGCUUAAGUGUUAAGGGUGAAGACAGGCCAACAAUGAAAGAAAUUGCUAUGGAGCUAGAAGAAGUACAGAAGCAAACAAGGUAGUCUUUCGAGUAAGUUGGGGUACAUGAAUGCGAAUGCAUAAUUUCUAGGAAAAUUUGUCUGACGAACCUUUUAAAGUCCAAAAAUUGUGACAAAUGACCUUUUAAAAAAAAUUGUGACAAAUGACCUUUUAAAAAAAAUUGUGAGAAAGGGCACAAUUUAAGUUUUUUGUUGUGAAUCCAGAAUUCUCGGGUCAAGCCUUGGUUCUUUCAAUCCCAAAUCUGUCUUUUUUCCUUUUAUUAUUUUUUCAUU